UCAGAUAACUCCAGUGCCUGGAGAUUGGCAUUGCAGGGGCAGGUUUCAGGGCAGAGCAGCCCAGGGCCUCCCACCUCCCUUCUCCACAUUCCUGACCCUCUGGGUUGCUCUGCAGGUGAAGACCAUGGAGAAGCUGCAGCUUUGGCUCCUCGUCCUCACUGGCCUCUCGGGAGCUGUCACCCAGGAAGACCUGUAUCAAAGGGUGUUUGUCUUCCGGAAGGACCCUAGCGACGCCCAUGUGGUCAUGAAGCUGGAGCCGGAGCAGCUGCUGCAGAACUUCGCUGUGUGACUGAGAUCCUUCACUGAUCUGACUCGGCCAUACGGCCUCUUCUCCUAUGCUACCAAAGCCCAGGACAACGAGAUUUUGCUCUUCAAACCCAAGCCUGGGGAGUACAGACUAUACGUGGGGGAGGGAUUUGUGACCUUCAGAGUCCCAGAGACCCGUAUGGACUGGGAGCUCGUCUGUGCCGGCUGGAAAUCUGCCACGGGCAUAGCCGAGUUCUGGGUGAACGGGAAACCCUUACCCAGGAAGGGGUUGCGGAAAGGCUACUCCAUCAGUGUCGAGGCUGUGAUCAUCCUGGGACGGGAGCAGGACUCCUUCAGGGGCGGGUUUGAUUUAUAUAAUUCUUUUACAGGUGAAAUGACUGAUGUGUACAUGUGGGGGUAUGGUCUGUCACCAGGCAAAAUGAGAGCUGCAUAUCAGUCUCUGCAGCUGCCCCCCAGCGCCCUGGGCUGGAGGAACUUGCAGUAUGAAAUAAAAGGUGUUGUGGCUGUGAAGCCCAGACUGAGAGACACGCUGAUCGUAUGA